AUAUAAACAUUUAUUUAAAUUCUUAUCUAUAUAGUUGCUCACAUUGGCUUGAUUUGAGUCAGUUAAAAGCCAAAUAUCCACAGUUUUUCCUCCAUACUGUACAGGUUGCGGCAUUUUUCUGCCUUCCAGACACUGCACAGAGUGAAAGCUGUGAUCAAAAAUAGCAGUUGUUCUCUGUGCUUGUCAAUAAGAGCCCUCCUGAGAAGCAGACUUGCUGGAAAAACCCUCCAAACAGGGGACUGAGAAGGGUUUCUGAACUCUCAGAGCCAUGGUCCACAGGCUAUUGAUUGUUUAUUUGGUUGGAAAGUUGCCCUGUGAUCACAUUUCCCUAAUUGAGGUAGAUUACAGAAAGAAAUACGAUGCUGCAUAAAUUAGGUUGCAUGGUGCUCUUCUUCUACUGAAUUUCACGUCAUAAUGGUCCAGUAAUUGGAUUUGGUGUAUUGUGCAUUAGGCCUUGUUUAGGAAAGAGAGGAAUACAGACUGACUAUCAGUAACAAACAGUAACAUGAAGACAGGGUGAAAUGUUCCUGUAAUUUAAAAGGAUUCACCACAAUUUAUACAAUGUAGACUUUGCAAAAGACUCUAAAGUCCUUAUAUUUAUCAGUACAACCCUGUCUUUUAAAAUAGAAUCAGAGGCUGUAGUCUUCCCUGUAAUGUCUUAAUAUCAUAAAUGCUGCUCACCGCAGAGAGAGAGAGAGAAAGAAAAGGACAACUGGCCUUUGAAAAAUGAUGCUGGUCGAUCUCUACAACCACGGCGGAAAAUUAUUCAAGUCGCUAAUUCAUUGCAAGACAACAAAUUAAGCAGAGUGGUUUAAUUAAUCAGUUAAUAUUCAGGACUUGUGGAGCAGCUUAGUGAGCCUGCUGUUCUUGGAUGUUAUCCAAAGGGACAUCUUUAGCAUAAAUUAACACACGGGGCACAGAGACUAUCGUUUAAAGCAAGGAUUUAGGUUUUAUGGUUAUGUUCUUCAAUGCUGCAGACACAUGGUUCUCUAGGGUGAUGCUGAACUAAUGGGAAUCCAGACACUCAUCUAAUGGGGGCCAUUACAAUCCACAUUGCAUUUUUAAUGAGACGGUUGGAGCUGUUGGCGCCUUGUGUCAGGGACAUUCACCAGUGCUGGUUUUUGCCUGGUUCAGAAUUCAGUGAUGGGACAGUUUUAAAGUCUUUCGGGUGCAAUGGAUUAUAAAGUGGCAUCUGGGGACGCGUCAGUCUCAGAUAUUACAGCUGUUUACCUCUCUACAUUAUAAAAGGUUUCUAUUAAUUUAUACUAGCCUAAAGAGUUCAGAAACAUAUGAUGAUCUUGGGACAAUAUGAGAAACAUUAGCUCCACCUUAACCAAAGCCAACCCUACUCAUCCACAAAUACUUCAUAGUAUCUUUUAUCAUUCAUAUUACUGUUAAGUGAAUUUGUACAUAAUCUGCACUAUCCUACAUUUCCAAUGCAGGAUGUUUACUUGCAGUUAAUUAAUUCUGUAUUGCAGUAUUGCUGCUGUUCCUGGACUUAAGGACCUCUGCUCUCCAUCUAUCACUAUAGAACGAAGACUUGUUUAAAUUUUACAAGGUACUAAGGCACAAUGUCUUCACUCCUUCCUCUUGUCAGCCCUCCUCCUACAACUACAGCAUUCUUUAUUGGAUCUUUAAAGUAUAAAUCAUGAUGCUCUGCAGCAAACAUUGCACGUAAUGAUCAGAGAGGGGGGCUGCUGAUGUCUGAAAACUGGGGAGAUUGCAUGCGUCUUUGUGCAGGAGACUUCAGGUUAAGGCUGAAUAUGUAACCAGGAGCGCGGGCUGGCUAUCUGCGGGUUUCACUGGUUUAAGGACAUGCUAGGACCCAAUAAAGAUAUCUUCACCUAAUAAUGAUGUAAGAUUAUUCAUGAAUCUCAUCCCUGCUGCCUUCAGACACUGAGGUGGCUCCACUCCGAUCGCCCAUACUAAAGCAGACAGGUCGUCCUCAGCAGGGGGAGGGGGGGCACCUGCUGUCCCGCUCCUCGCUGCAGAAGCUGUGACAGCACAUAUUUCGCGAACAGCUGGAAGGAAAGGCAGUCCUGCAACACCUGAGCGGGCUUAACGAUACGACGUCGUGCGCACUGGAGACGCGCCGAUAGCUGCUCCAUCCUCGGGGAUCCCGAAAUGAUGCCCCGUAUGCCGGGCGGCGGCCGGACAGCAUACACUGGCACAUUUCUGUCGGCAUGCCUGAUCUCUGCAUGUCAAGCCGCCCAGAGCUGCGGGGAGGUCCAGUGCGGCGCCAACCAGCACUGCUGUCCGCCCACCGUCACAGGGAACACCAGUGCCAGCUCGAAGGUGAGCUGCUGCCAGCUCUCCAUCCACGCAUUUUUCGACAACGUCGGCUGGUUCACGCGGAAGCUGUCCGGCAUCCUGAUCCUGUUGCUGCUCUUUGCCAUGGGCUACUUCAUCCAGCGGAUCAUCUGCCCUCGGCCCCGGCGGCACCCGCACCACGACCGCGGCGAGGAGCCGUCCCUCUUUCACGGACACACAUCGGCGUCCCAGGAUUCCCUGCUGGAGCGGUACCCCGAAUACAACCUCGGGGGCUUUGCCUCUCCAAACCUGCCGGCCUAUGACGAAGUUAAAUAUUUGCCCACCUAUGAGGAAAGCAUGCAAGACAUGCACAGAGACCGGUCCGGUGAGAACUUGUUGUCCGAAAACGAGAGUGGCGGCCAGGGCAGAGGGAGAGCAACAGGACCGAGAUCCGGAGACCAGAGGUUGGCUGCCCUGGAGGUCUCAGGACCUCAGAGCCCAAGGACAUCCCGGAACUCUGUUUGACGGAGACUGGGCAAGACUACAGAAACAUUAUUAUUCUUAUUUUAAUAUAGUCAGGGUAAAAAAAAAUCUUGCAGAGAUACAACGAACAAGUGCAAUUAUAUUCCUGAAUGUAAAGAAUAAAAGAGAAGGCUGAGAAAAA